AUGUCCGGAGCAGCCAUGGGGCAAGGCACAGUGCCGGAGCCUGACAGCUCGGAAGAGGAGCUGGAAGUGGGGGGCGCACCCCAGGCGUGCUACGGGCAGGGUCUGUGGGUCCCCCAGGGCAGGGAAGCAGCCACCUGCCUGGGGGAUGCCAAAGGGAUAAAGGUGAGGAAGAGGAGCAGGCCAGUGCGCUCCAAGGCCAGGAGGAUGGCUGCUAACGUCAGAGAGCGCAAGAGGAUCCUGGACUACAACCAAGCCUUCAACGCCCUGCGGCUGGCCCUCAAACAUGACCUCGGUGGCAAAAGGCUUUCUAAAAUCGCUACCCUCCGGCGAGCCAUCAACAGGAUCACGGCUCUGUCCCUGUCCCUGCACGGCGCUGGGCGCUGCUGGCCCUGCGCCCACUCCGAGUGCCGCGGCCGGGCCAGGGUCCCUGCGCAGGAGCCAGGGGCGAAGGCCAGCCACCCCCAGCUCCCCUGGGAGCCUGGUUAUGCAGGUGCUGCCGGCUUGCAGCACUGCCUUCCGUCCCCUCUCUACGCCAGCUUUUCUCCCGAGAGGCAGCUCCAGCGCUAUGAGAGCCCGAAGGAGGAUCGCUCCGUGCCCAGCCCUGCCUAUUGCUCCAGCGGGACCCACCACCCCGGGCUCCGAGGCCAGCAGAGAUACACGGGCAGCCUGCAAGACCCCCUGGCCGGGACGGUGCCCUGGCAGCUGGGCUAUUGCCAGAGCUGGGGACACCAGCAGUGCCUCCCCAUCCACUGA